AUGGAGCCCUCAAUAAGCUCAUCAGAUGAGCAAAGAAAGCUUUUGAGUGAAGAAGGCAAAAGAAAAGAUUUCAUUGAAACUAGGAUAGAUUUUAUCCAUGACAGUUGCGAAAAGAUCUUAAAACGUGGAUAUAUUAAGUAUGAUUGUAGCAAUAUCUAUAACAAAUACAAUAAACUUCGGAAACCUAGUGAUAGACUUAACAGAAUGUGAGUCGUGUUUCAUAAAAAUUCAACUUGGUCACUCAAGAAAUCUCUGAAGCAUUUCAUCAGAUACCCCCUUGAAGAACUUGUUAUUUGAGGAAGUUCAAAGUUUAGGAAUGAGAAAAUCUCAAGACUUCUACCAAAGAUGAUCAAAAUCCUACCCGAUGUUACAGCUGAAUGUGUCUUCAAUAAUUUAUUGUUAUCUGAGAAAGAUCUGCUGCACAUAUUCUGUAAUCUCACCUCGGGAUGUCAACUUAGAUUUGGAAAUUGAAGGUUGGCUCAAAUAAGAAAGAGAGAUCUUUACAGGGAGCCAUCAAUAAGCAAGCUUUUUUUAUAUAGGUGUUAUUCUUUUGAUGAAAUGCUCUUUGAUCUAGAGAAUUCGAGUUUUAUAAGUCUGGUCCAGCUGAUAUCAGACUCAUCUUCUAACUUCGGAUUGUCUGAGAUUCGAAUUGAACCUAACUUUACAACCGAUGAUAUCACAAAACUGAAGGAAAGAAUUGAUCUUGGAGAAAUUAAGUUUGACAUAGGAUAAUUAUUUGUAAAAGCAAAA